AUGACGACCAGUCUUCCUCACACUUGGACGGAUUCUCGAGACGAUGGACAGCCUUUCCGCCUCUUCGAUCUCCCAAGCGAAAUCCGGGACAUUGUCUACUUGAAUAUCGACGCCAAGCACGUUCUCCCCAUCGCGCGAUGGCGGACCGUCGGGACAACGAGGCCCUAUGUACCUGUUCUCCGGCUCGUGAGUCGACAAGUCAAAGCGGAAUAUGAAGACAAUCUCUACCGGACAAGCGCACUCUACCUGCUCAAAAGUAGCCAUGUGCUUCCGAACCUUAGUAUGCCAUCGAGCAUAGGACAUAUGUAUCACUCACUGCAGGAGGUCGUUCUGGCGUUGACACCUCAGUGGGACAUGGAAGCUGACGUGCUGGCGGCGCAGGUCGAUCAUGUGCUGACCGACCUUUCCAAUAUCCUGCCGGAGCUCAAACGAGUGUCCAUAAGGAUACAAUCUGGAGACCUGCCGAUCCGGAGGACAACGUCCUUGCGUCCGAUGACGGGAUCAGCUUACGCGGGAACCUUUGAUGCGACAGCUUUCGAGUGGCCAAGUGAACGUCAUUGCAAGCAACUCGCCUGCGCCAAACUCGCCAUCGACGACAUAAUCACACUCAUCCGAGGUGGCGAUGACUUGGAACUCUCGUGUGAUUUCGUGGUGGCGUCACGGCUGUAUUCCGUCAAUCGCAAAGUCGUUACUGAGCAGAGCCUGGCUACCUUGAUGCAAUACGACGAUACAGAUCUGAUCCUCUGGCGGGUGAUGGAUCUCGAUGGGAUUAUUGAUGGGCUGGUGCCGUGGAAGGCUGCGUCGGUGGAGUUCUUGGAGGCGGGAGAUUAUGAUUUUGCGAGGUUGAAGGAGAGGCAUGAGGAGGGGAAGGCUGUUGAGGCUUGGAGACAUAGAGGCUGGGCUAGUAAGACCGGACAUCAGGGCUGUGAUUGUUGUAAUUAUGAAAAGUGA